AUGCUGAAGCGCGCCGUAGCCACCCUCACCAAGGACUCGUCUUCCAGCGGCGAGAAUGGGCACUCCAAGAGCUCCAGCACGCCCUCCACCGGCCAUACCACGCCCAAUCCCCCUCCUUCCGCCAAGUCAACCGGAGAUGUGACUGGCCAGACCGAUCCCUCCGACAAGAAGUUCCGUCUCUCCCACAUCUUUUCCGGUCACUCCCUCCCAGGUACCCGCAGGUCCACUUCGCGCGCAGCCAGUCUGGACGAGCCUCGUCCUAGCGCCGUCAAAAAGGCGCAAAAGGUUGAGGAAAAGGAGCGCAGGGCCCUUGAACAGGAACAGGUCAAAAAGAGGAUCGCUAUGGCUCGCAAGCAGUCCGAUCUUCGAGCCGCUCAGGUCGAGACACCCGAACAGCGUGCUCGCUACGGCGAACAGUACCCUCAACAGUGGAAUGAGAGCCACGACAAGUGGGCCGACAUCUUUACCAUCUGCGAUGAUGCCGACAUCGGCGACACCGUCACGCUCCGGGCUCGUAUCCACACCAUUCGAGAUGUCAGCUCGCACCUCGUCUUUAUCGUGCUUCGACAGCAGAUCUCUACCAUCCAGGCAGUGCUUGCUGAAGAAGACGGCAUCACCACAGGCCACAUGGUCCGUUGGGCAAAACGUUUGCCGCUCGAGUCGAUCGUCAUGGUCCGUGGAAAGCUGCAAAAGCCCCGAGAGCCCAUCACCGGGGCAACCACCCAGCAAGCAGAGAUCAAGGUGUACGAGCUCUUCCUCGUCGCUCCUCCCAAGGAGACGCUUCCCUUCAAUGUCUACGACGCCGACCUCGUCCUCAAGAAGAGCGACGACGAGGCGAGCCACAGUGGGCAUGGUACCGAUUCAGACGGCGAAGGCGGUCCUGUCCGCGAUGAGAACCACUCGAUCGAGAGAAGCGAAGGCCCCGUCAUCACACAGCGAGUUCGCCUCACCAACCGCAUCAUCGACCUGCGCACUCCUACCGCCCAGGCCAUCUUCCGCAUCAACGCUGCCAUCUGCACCGCCUUCCGAUCGCACCUCGACAAGAGCAAAUUCAUGGAGAUUCACACUCCAAAGCUGCAAGGAGGCGCCUCUGAGUCCGGCUCGAGUGUCUUCAUGCUCGACUACUUUGGGCGUCCCGCUUGCUUGGCCCAGAGUCCCCAGCUGUUCAAGCAGAUGUGCAUUGCCGCCGAUAUGAAGCGCGUCUACGAGAUCGGUCCCGUCUUUCGCGCCGAGAACUCCAACACGCCCCGCCACUUGACCGAGUACACCGGUUUGGAUAUCGAGAUGGAGAUUGUCCACUACUACGACGCCAUCCGCGUCAUCGAUGGCAUGCUCAAGAGCAUCUUUGUCGCUCUCAGGGACAACUUCAAGGCCGAACGCGAGCUCAUCAAGCGACACUUCCCGCACGAGGAUCUCACCUAUCCUGAGGACACGCUCAUCCUUCCGUUCGCCCAGGGCGUGCGUCUUCUCGUCGAGUCGGGCUACGUCGAGGAAGACGGCAGCAUCCCCAAGGAGGACGAGGAUCUGUCCACUCGCGCCGAGAUUCGCCUAGGCGGGGUGAUCAAGGAGAAGUACAACACCGACUACUACAUUCUCGACAAGUUCCCCACCUCGGUGCGCCCCUUUUACGCCAUGGAGGACAAGGAGAAUCCCAAGGUGACCAACUCGUUCGACAUCUUCAUCCGCGGUCAGGAGAUCUGCACGGGUGGUCAGCGCAUCCACGAUAUCGAAGAGCUGGAACGCAAGAUGCAGCGUCUGUCCAUCUCGCCCAAGGGCAUGCAGGAGUACCUCGAAGGCUUCCGACUCGGUGCGCCGCCCCACGCCGGAUGCGGUAUCGGUCUGGAGCGUCUGGUGAUGCUCUAUCUCAAUUUGGGUGAUGUUCGACUGGGUUCGCUCUUCCAUCGUGAUCCUCGCAGUCUCCCGCUGCAGAAGCGAGACGACGACGAGCUGCGCCAUCCCGAGGCGAGCACCAACCCGCCGCCCUGGAAGCACCCACGACUGGCGCUCAAGGCGGACGGCGAGAGCGAGCUGCGCGACAUGCAGCCCCUCGAAAAGCUCAUCGCCAACUACGGCGAUGCCUCCAACACGGCUUGGCUCGACGAGCGCUACAAGGUGUGGCGACAUGCCGACACAGGCGCUGCGGUGGGCUACUCGCCGUUCAAGGGCUACGCCAUGAUCAUCGGCGACCCGCUGUGCGACAAGACGCAGAUGACUCAAGUCGUCUCGGCCUUCCUCCAGUUCAUCAAGAAGGAGGCCAAGCUCAAGCCGAUCUGGAUGAUGGUGUGCGAAGAGGUCGAGGAGAUCCUCGGCGGACGUCUCAACUGGUGCACGCUCUCGGUCUCUGCUGAAGAACGUGUCGACGACCCUGCCAAGAACCCGGCGCGCCACGACCCCGACAUUCAGAAGAAGGUGCGCCAUGCACGCAAGGAGGGCGUCAAGAUCGAAGACUACAAGCUGAGCGAGACGGUGCCGGACGAAGUGGUCAAGGAGACGGACGAGCGGAUCCAGGACUGGCGCAACAACCGCAAGGGCGAGCAGGUGCACAUGACUGACGUCCACCCGUGGCGCGACAUGGAGCACCGCGUCUACUACAUCGCUCGCGAUGGAUCAGGCAAGGUGUGCGCCAUGGUGGUGCUGCACCAACUCUCGCCUGCGCAUGGGUGGCACAUCAAGUGGGCGCUCGACUUCCCUGGUGCCCCCAACGGGACCAUCGAGCAUGUCAUUCUGCACGCGCUCGAGAACAACGCGGGCAGCAAGAUGACUUUCGGUGCCUCGGCCACGUCGACGUUGGUCUCAAAGCACGGUUUGAGCAAGGUGACCACCAAGUGGCUGACGAAGGCGUACGGCUCGAUCGCAGAGCACAACAAGCUCACGAACAAGGGCGAGUUCAGGCAGAAGCUGGGAGCCGUCGAGGAUCGAGUGUACGUGUGUUACCCUCGACACGGUCUUUCGCCAGCAGGCGUGCAGGCCAUCAUUGGCUUCUUCAAGCAGUAG